AUGCCCGCUCCCGCACCCGUCAACAAAGAGAACGAGACGCCCUCGCACAUCGACAUCCAGGAUGAUCGCCAGGCGCCUCGUGAGGAUGGCGAGGCCAGCCCGGGUAUGAGGAACAGCAAGGGCUGGGAUGGGAAGCUUCGCGUCCCCAAGUCGGCUCUCAUGACGAACCCCGAGGCCCUGUCAGACCCGGAAUACUCGGACGACAGCAACGUCCUGCAAGGCGAAGAGAUCAGCGCCGACGAAGACCUCCUCGAGAGCGAGGACUCGGAUACCGAGGAAAUCAUGUGCUCGCACUCCCGCAUCGGUGCCAUGUCCGCCUUGCGUCUCCAACGGUUCAAGAACGUCGCUCGAAUCUGCCUCCGGCAGAACAGCAUUCAAGAAAUCGACGGCCUUGACGGCCUCGCGCCAACUCUCAAAGAACUCGACCUCUAUGACAACCUCAUCUCGCACAUGCGUGGCAUGGACGCGCUGACCAACCUCACCAGCCUGGACCUGAGCUUCAACAAGAUCAAGCACAUCAAGCAUAUUGGCCACAUGACGCAGCUGAGGGAACUGUUCCUCGUUGCCAACAAGAUAAGCCGCAUCGAGGGUCUUGAUGGCCUAAGACACCUCACCUCGCUAGAGCUGGGUUCGAACCGCAUUCGGGAGCUCAACAACCUGGACGGUCUUGCGUCACUGGAAGAACUCUGGGUGGCCAAGAACAAGAUUACAGAGCUGACGGGGCUCGGAGGGCUGCCGAAUCUUCGGCUGCUCAGCAUUCAGUCCAACCGCAUCAAAGAUCUGUCCCCGCUCAAGGAUGUCCCUGGGCUGGAGGAGCUCUACAUUGCCCACAAUGCAUUGGAAUCACUACAAGGUCUCGAAUCCAACGUAAAUCUCAAGGUCCUUGACAUCUCCAACAAUCAAGUUGCCAGCCUCAAGGGCUUGGAGGGACUGGCCAAGCUGGAAGAGGUGUGGGCAAGCUACAACCAGGUGGCGGAUUUUAACGAGGUGGAGAAGGUGUUCAGGGACAAGGAGCACCUGAACACGGUUUACUUUGAAGGGAACCCCUUUCAGUUGCGAGGGCCAGCGCUGUACCGGAACAAGGUUCGCCUGGCUCUACCUCAAGUGAGCCAGAUUGAUGCUACUUUUGUUAAGGUAUAG